AUGACGGUCGUCGGUCCUCUGACAACCACAUUUCAAGCCCCGUCGAGUUGCACAACACAAUUGUACCAGGUCUUUUCCGAAAGCGAGUCCAGUUAUGUUCAAGGACCUCUUUUCACCUCAGGCUCCGACUGCUUUCCCAGCGGUUAUGAUCCCGAGCCGGCGAAUUACUACUCGCCCGGCGUCUGCCCGCAUGGACACACGGUCGCCUGCUCGAGUCUUGCGUCGGUGAGCACGGAGACGGAGACGGCGGUUGCAUGUUGCCCGACUUGCCCAGUGCCCACGGCAACUUCACAAGGAGGCUCUCCGCAGAUUGUACUAGGAUGCACAACUACAUGGAUAGCCGCCGAGGUUGCACUGCCCGAUGUGGUGGUCGUUACCGAUGGCACGGCCGGCAGCACAACGACGACAUCCGAAACAGCAGGCGGAAUCACAGCCUACGCCGUCCGCAUCCACUUCAGAUCAGGUGAUCCGACGCCAGCACCGCGAACCGAUGAUCCUGGCGGUGUCUCCGGCCUCGCCCAACCUACUUCACCCACAGUACCCAUCCCCACACAGCUUUCCAUCCCACAGGAAACGUCUCCCUCGCCUAGCGGUCUCAGCACUCCCGCAAUCGUUGGUAUUGCUGUCGGCUCUGCCGUAGGAGUUCUCUUGGCCAUCGGCUCCAUGUGCUUCUUCAUUAGGCGCCGGCGGAGAAGAAGGCGAGCAGAAACAGAGUUACCGCCACCGCCCCCGGUACCGCCCAAGGAACUUUCGGCAACGCCCGUCUCUUACCGCACCGUCCCCCCACCUUACGAGCUCUCAGAGGAAGCCCUGCCACGACGGCCGUCGACGAUCGCUGCCAAGAAGCAUCUCUCGGCAUCGGUUUCUUCAGCAAGGUCGCCGCUGAGAGAGGAGAGGGAGAGCGGGGUGCUAGGCUACAGGCCCGUCGAACUGGAAGCUGAGUCCCUGUCGCCCGCUAGGCAAGCGUCGUUGCGGAAUACAGCUUCGCCCGAGUCAGCGAGCAGCGGGUGGACGGACAAGCAGGCUCGAGGAGCGGCCACGCCGAUGCCUUGGAUAUAGGCGGAUGCUGGCUACUUAAGGUUUUUUUAUGCGGCAGGGUUUUAGGAAGGCCGCUGCCGGCGUGGCCGACACUUAUGGGGAAUUUCAACUUGCCUGCUCCGGGCCAGGUCGGGCCGGGGCAAUCAGUUCAGGGGGACCGGGAAGGCGGUUACGGUGUUCCCAACACAGUCAUUUUAUUUCAUUUCAGCGACUCCUGGGGAACGGCAUGCAAGCAUGGGCCACUUGGAUGGCUCAAAUGGUGGCGGCGUUUUGCAGUGCGCUGUGGAUUGGAUUUGCUUUCGUCUUCUGAUACCUUUGCUGUUUGCUGCAUUUAUCGCAUAUCUGCUGGCAUGCACCCGAAGAAAGGGAUAGCCAAAUGAUGGCUACUACACCGACCUUGGAUCAGGAAAUAUGUUCGGUUGCAUCUUUUUCUGGCUUCUUUCUGCUCCUGCUCACG